UUCAAAGUACUGAUCAACCGAGUUCAAUGAUGGCCGCUAAGCUUCCAUCAGAACUGGUCGUUGAGAUAUUGACUGAAAUUGCUUGGAAAUUACCAGACAAUCCCCUAUACAUUGAAAACGACCUCGCACAAGAAGAUAAGGACCAGCUGGCCGUGUGCAGUCUCGUCUGUCGAUACUGGGCUAAGCGCUGCCGGCCUCACCUCCUCUCUCACCUCACCAUCCGUAGCAGCGAUGAGCUAGACCAGCUGCAUCAUUGUCUGAACGCUGCCUCCCCCAUCCGCGAUGUUCCCUCUUUCUCGAGGUGUAUGAGGUUCCUCACGAUGGUACAUACCGGUGAAUGGGCGGUACCUUGGUACCACAAUAUCUUCGGCAUGAUCGUGCAGCACGACAUCAUCCUGAACCGAUGGAAGGCUGGCACAGUGCUUGAGCUGCGCAGCGCCUUUACCGGACCAGGAUGCUCUCUCGAAGCGACAAAUGGAUACGCGCCGCAUUCAUUCAGCGUCGGCCUGCCCAGGACGAUACCCACCAGUAUGCUGAUGAUCCAACGUCUCGUACUCUCCGACAUGCGCUUCUGCGCUGUCUCCCACAUGCUCCGACUCGCUUUCAACAUCACGCAGCUCAAGGAACUCGCGUGUAUCCGCACUACCUUUACUGAGGAGCUCAUAGACCUUGCGGCGCUCCCUCCGGUGACUCGUGUUGGGCACCAACAACACUACGCUCCAGAGGUUGCAGCAAUUGAGGCCUGCGGAACCAACGACUUCGAGGUGCAUCUCAUGCUCGCGAUUAUGAGCUCGAGCGGCACAGUAUCUAGGAAUGCACGCGUCGCACGGCAAGUGGCACGAUCCCGUGCCGUCGCAGCGAUGCACAAAAUUGUCUUAGCACUACGACCAGCAUUGCAGAACGGGAGGAAGUUUGAGCAACGCUUUGGGUCUUGUACGUCAGUCCAAUAGGAUGGACGCGCGCGGAACACUCACCUGCUUGACUUGGCUAGACAACCCGUUCCGAUUCUUCGACGCUUCGGGAGUUGUCACUCACACUCUCGCCAUAUGGAUGCCCCUGCAUGAGAGCUCUGAACCGGACGACCGCGGAGGGAGGCUGGAAACCCUGUUCGUGACUUCCGUCGAGCUUUACUUCCAGGACGCACUCUCCGUUGACGACGCAAAGUCGUUCGAGUGGCAGAUCCUUGAGGACACUGUUCUCGGCCUAUCUGACUCUCAAGUGCUGGGGCGGAAGAAGGUCACAGUAAAGGUCGAGAUAACAGCACAGAACAAGCCGGUCUUCACGUGGUUGCUGGACGCCAUGGCGCAAUCUGUGGUUCUCGGUAAGCUGAAGACCAUGGGACGCUUGGAGGUUCGAUACGAGGAGAUGAAAAAUCAUCGGAAGACUGUCGAUAUUUCUCUACGAGACGUAGUUGGCUUGGAUGCGGAACAUGUCGUUGAUGGCAAGAAGCUUGUGUUGGAUCUUCCACAGCGAUUCGAGCUUCUGUUGCGCAAGGAUGAGGAGAAGGAAGCCUUGUUGCGGUCCUAUUUGGAAACCCAGGCACCGUAGCAGGCGUGUCUGCCUUCGUCCUAUAGCUUGUGGUAGCUUGUGUGAUAGGGUAGCAAUAAUCAGUAUUUGAUUACUGGGGUUUAUUCAGAAUACACGGUACCAUUCAUGUGCUACUUCUAUCACGGUUGUCAACAUGAUGAUUGUCGCACAUACGAUGCAGAGACUAGGUGCU